GUAACCUACAUCCUCCGAGCCGAAAUCCCCGACGUCACCGUCCCCUUCAUCGACGACUGUCCCUGUAAGGGACCCGAGUCCGACUACCGGGACGAGGGGGGCACCUACGAGACAAUCCCCGAGAACAAAGGCAUCAGGCGUUUCGUUUGGGAGCACUUCCAGAACGUCAAUCGCGUGGUUCAGAGGAUGAAGUACGCCGGCGGGACCUUCUCUGGGACGAAGUCGCAGGUCUGCUGCCGGGAGAUCACGGUCGUCGGCCAUCGCUGCACCCCCGAAGGACGACUCCCCGACGAAUCGCGCGUCGCGGUCGUCCGCAACUGGGGCCCGUGUAAGGACCUCUCGGAGGUCCGAGCGUUCCUCGGCACCAUCGGC